CAGGACCAAGACCGACACCACGACCGGGAUACCCUCUGUCGCGGCUGUACAGAGGUCUCAGGAUCAUUCUGAACUCCCUCCGUCAUGAGCAAUGCUGUUGUCGGCGAGCUGUAUGGAGCCAUCAUCAAUGAGGUGACUGAGACCGCGCGGAACGAUUUCCAGGAGGAGGGCUAUGACGAAUCGACUUUGCAAGAAUUCCGUGCUCUCUGGAUGGCGAAAGUUGCAGGGAGCGGUACGGCCAGUUUCCCUUGGGUGCCCAAGCAACAGGCACCUGCGCCGCUGCACGACACAAUGCAGCGUGCAAAUGGCGCUCUUGGUCAUGAAGCCCCAGGUCCAAUUACUGGCAACCCACUGGCGGCGAUACGUGCGGCGCAGCAGAUUCAACAGCUUGCUGUCCGCAAUGGCGACAUCGAGCAGAGUCAAGCAGAUAAUGCUAUUGGUAUGCUGAUGCAACAGGCACAGGCGCAUCAGGCGCGGCAGAAUCACACCAUUGGUGAGGACUCAGGAAAAGCGUUCCCUGGAAAUGUCAAGGAGGAAGACAAGGAGCUUGUCUUGGACACAAGCCCGAAAAAGCGUGCCUUGAGCGAAGCGGGAGAGUCUGUAUCACAACAGUCUAUACGGCCAAAGAAGACACGGCGGGCCGAUAUUGACCUGGACGACGAGGCAAUCAAUUCAGAUCUAGACGACUCCGAUGACGACGCGCUCAACAGCGGCAAUGAGGCUGAAGGCGACGAAGGCGAUAUGCAAACAGUUCUCUGCCUCUAUGACAAGGUCGCACGGACGAAGAACAAGUGGAAAUGCGUCCUGAAAGACGGCCUCGUGAGCCUGAAUGGACGCGACUAUGCCUUUUCAAAGGCGAAUGGUGAGUUUGAGUGGUGAACGGAAUGAUGGAGGUGGAAAGACUGCCUCUGUCUGGCGUUGAAAGCAACCAGAUCCAAAAUAUGUGCUACCAGCGCAUACUGAUUAUGUUUACGAUUAUCUUUUGCAUAGCACAGCUUUUCUGUACGAGCCUCGCCUGCUCGUUGUGUCCAAAUGAGCAAAACUUGUACAUGUACAAUGCACAAAAGCACU